CUGCAGGAGGGCCUUCACAUUGAUUCAUGGCUGGCGUCAGGGUAGAGCUGCUGCUGGUCCUGACUGCGACUCUGCUGGUUUCAGUAGAGGGAUGGGCGCGGAUCAAGAAAAUUCAACGUCCCUCGCCAGAUGACCGCAGGGAGGACGACAGCGGUGAAGAUGCAGUUCUUGAGGAUUCAUUGCUUCAAGUUGAAGGCGCCACCGCCAGUGGAAACUUCUACAAUUUUGCUAACCAUGGAGACCAGAUUGACACAGUAGAUUCUAGUCCAAGAACAUGGCGCAGAGGUACUGAUAGUAGUUUCCAGAUGGAAUUUGACAAUAUCCCUUCAAGGAGCCAGACCAGCGGUACCAGUCGGCGUCGGACUGGGCUAGAUGUGGUUUGCAGUGACGCUGGCUUUCAAAUUACUGUGCUGAAAGGUUCAUUAAGUGAAGUUAAAGUUGUGGGCUCAAAGGACCUGCUGUCUGUUAUGGAUGCUCCAGAGUCUUGUGGUUAUGAAGUGAACCCUUUGACUAACACCUUGGCUGUACCCUUUACCGGGUGCCAUGUGAAACGGAGUGACCGCUACAGCCUGCAGUUGUUGUACGUCAACGCGUUUGAUCAGACACAAGUUGCUACCGCAUCUUGUGAGAGACGCCUGAAGGUUGACCCAGGCGUAUUUCCUGGCUCCAGUGGCCAAUCCUAUCCCACAUUUAAGCGCAUUGAGCCAAUCCGAGCGCGGCCACAACGGCCUGCAUGUCCGCAAAGCCUGGCUCGCCCCAAGAACCUUCAUUGCCCUAGGGCCUGGAUCACACCAAGGGCCUUCAUCCCCGCAACUGCCUGGCUCACCCGUAGGGCCUGGGUCGCCCCAAGGGCCGUCUUCCCCGCAACAGCCUGGAUUGCCCCUAGGGCCUGGGUCGUCCCAAGGACCUUCAUCCCCGCAACAGCCUGGCUCGCCCCUAGGGCCCGGCUCACCGCAAGGGCCGUCUUCCCAGCAACAGCCCGGCUCACCACAAGAACCUUCAUUGCCUCUAGGGCCUUCGUCGCCCCAAGGGCCGUCUUCCCCGCAACAGCCUGGCUCACGGCCUGGGUCGCCCCAAGGGCCUGGCUCACCCGUAGGGCCUGGGUCGCCCCAAGGGCCUUCAUCCCCAGAAGAACCUUCAUUGCCUCUAGGGCCUGGGGCCUGGGUCACCCCAAGGGCCUUCUUACCCGCAACAGCCUGGGUCACCGCAAGGGCCUUCAUCUCCGCAACAGCCUGGGUCGUCGCAAGGGCCUGGCUCGCCCCAAGAACCUUCAUUGCCACUAG